GUAUCGCAUACAAAAUAGAGUCCGUUUCUUGUGAAAACUAUUAUAAAUUAAAGUCUUAAGAUCAAAUGUCACUGAUCAAAUUACGAUAAUACACAAGCGAUAUUGCACGAGAAAUCGCAGUCAAUAAUAGAACCUUAGUUUCCUGGAUGCUUUGAAAACAUGGAUCGUGACAAUGACUUUUUAAUCGCAAAUAGCUCGAAUGUGGACAACGAAGUGAGAAACUAUGAGAGCUUGAGCAAUGGUAGACAAAAUGAAGGUCAGAAGUCAAAGACUUCUCCACAAUAUUUAGCUGCAAUUGCUGCAACCUUGAGCGCUUUUGCUGCUGGCAUUGUGAUUGGGUGGACAGCACCAAUAGAAAAUGCAAUGGAAGAUGGAAAUUACAACAAUAUCACUAUUGAUAAGAAUCAAAUGGGAUGGAUUGGAUCAUUUACAAACCUGGGAGCAUUAGUCACUUGCAUUCCAACAGGUUUCAUCUGUGAUAUAAUUGGCAGGAAAACAACACUGCUGCUACUCAUCAUACCAUUUUCAAUUGGAUGGUCUUUAAUAUUGACAGCAAGGAAUGUACUGAUGCUGUACUUUGGAAGAUUCAUCAUUGGUAUGGCUGUUGGAGCUACCUGUGUUGCUGCCCCAAUGUACACCAGUGAAAUUGCACAGAAGGAAAUUCGAGGUGCCCUGGGCAGUUACUUUCAAUUGAUGGUCACUGUUGGAGUGCUGUACUCUUAUACUUUUGGUGCAUUUCUAACACCCAUGAACUACACAAUUAUUUGCAGUCUGGUGCCAUUGAUAUUCAUUACAUUGUUUGGCUUUCAGCCAGAAACACCCCUUUAUUAUUUGAAAGUAAACAAGUUUGAAAAGGCUAAGUUGGCAUUGGUCCAGCUGAGGGGUACUCAGGAUGUUGACAGGGAACUCAAUGAAAUUGAAACUACUUUGAAGGAAUCGAGAACAUCGGUUGGAUUUUUCAGGGCGAUGUCAAAGAAAUCUAGUAGAAAAGCGAUUUUCAUUUCAUUCGCAUUGAUGUUUUUCCAACAGUUCAGUGGCAUCAACGCAAUUAUUUUCUAUACUGGCUACAUAUUUAAAUCUUCUGGCGUUUCUUUCAACGAGAAUUACGCCAGUAUUGUAAUUGGAGCCACGCAAGUAAUUGCUACUUUCAGUUCAUCAUUGAUAGUCGAUAAAUUAGGACGAAAGAUACUUCUGAUUACUUCCUCUCUGUUUAUGAGUUUAUCGAUUAUUUCGCUGGGAGUGUAUGUGUAUUUGAAGAGUCACCAGUUCAUAGCUGAAUAUGUACUAGCAUAUCUUAACUUUUUGCCCAUCCUUUGUCUAGUACUCUUUAUAAUCGCCUUUUCUAUAGGGUUCGGACCUAUACCUUGGAUGAUAUCUGGCGAAAUUUUCUCUCCUGACAUCAAGAGCAUGGCAAGCUCAAUGGCUGGUUCUUUCAAUUGGCUAUUGGCUUUCUUCAUUACCAAAUAUUAUUUCACUAUCAGUGACACUAUUGGUGAAGAAUACACGUACAUCUUCUUUGGCGUUGUUACUCUAUUAGCUAUUCCAUUCACAUACUUCAUUGUACCAGAAACCAAAGACAAAACUAUCAGUGAUAUACAAGAUGAACUAGAAAACUAAUUCAAUUGUAUAGUACUUAAAUAAAUUUGUCAUAUAUU